CCGCUCUGGUGGCACGGAGCGAGGCUGUGGUGAGUGCGCUGCGGGUCGAGUCGCUGUAUGCAGCAUGGAGCCGCCCGACUUCGAAAACAUGAAUUUCACGGUGGCGCCGGAGGAGUCCGCCUACCCGCUGUGUAAAGAGUGGAAAGAGGGCGCGGAAGGGUCGGUGUUCCAUCUCGCCAACAUCUUUCUGUUCCUUGGCUUCAUGGGGGGCAGCGGCUUUUACGGACUCUUCUACCUGUUCAUCCUCCUCACUCUGGGCUUCUUCUGCUCCACUCUCUGGUCGUGGUCGGACUCCUGCACCACGGACUCUUUCCUGUGGAGUUUGGCGAUCUUCGCGGUGUGUCUGGUACAAGUCCUGCACAUGUCAUACAGGCUGAGGAGCUUUUCGUUUGACAAGGACUUCCAGGAGCUGUAUAGCUGCAUGUUUAAAAGGCUCGGAGUGUCAUUGUCCCAUUUUGGGAAGAUCGUGGCCUGCUGUGACGGGGAAGUGCAAACUUUAGAGAAGGACCGCUGCUUCGCCGUAGAAGGAAAAACCGCUAUUGACAAGCUGUCAGUGCUGCUCUGCGGGAGCUGCCGGUACGUGGCGUGGAGGAGGAAAAAGCUCUACCUGCUCUUUGCUAAGCAUCGCUACAUAGCCAAGAUCUUUGCCCUGGUUGUACGCAACGACAUAGCAGAAAAGCUGUAUUCACUCAGUGACAAGACUUUCGACAGAUACGGACACCGCUACGAUCUCCGCUUACCAUGUUACCCUCACAUGCCGGGGACUGAAAUAGAACGGGCUGAUGACCAUCUGCAAGUGCCGGUGCAGCGCAGGGGGGCUCCGUAAACAUACUCACAUGCACAUUCUUCAUGCGCUACAUCGCAGUGCGUGGAAGUCAGUGUGAGUCAGGCUGCAGACAUGUUUGCAGACAGGUAGACCGUACACCUGAGCACGAAAACAGUCUGUAGUGUUGUUACUCAUAGCGCCAUCAUUUAUGGGGCAAUGAAACUUUGGAAACUUGCUUCGGAUUUUAAAUCAAACGAUUCUGUUAGAAGUGCAGAAUUUAUCUUUAUUUUAAGGGGUUUAGCAAAAUGAUUGCAUUAUAUGACUUAUACACACUUUUAUACAGUUAUAGCGGCGCCAAAGAGAAUGGACAGUAAAUUCAAUUAUGGACAGUAAAAAUGUAGCAGAUCUAAAACGUGUUGAAGUUUGGAGAGUUAAUGCAAAGAGACACAGGUGAAGGAUGACAUCAUCAGGCUGCAAAGCCAACAGAAGCCCGUCAGAGAGGAACAACUUUAAGAGUGGCAAAUCAACAAUCGUGGACAUUUUUAAGAAGGAUGCACUGACCAGCUCAGCAGUAACUAAAAGGAAUAAAUUCUUUCUGGGUUUGGGGGGGUUGCUGGGCGCCGGGGUCCUGAUCUUUGAGACUUUUCACUCUCAUUAAUAAGUACAUUUUGUGACAAACGCACUUACUCAGACAAAACACAGAAAACACAGGAUUGCUGGUUUGUGUUUCCAUUUUUUCUUUUAGGCGCUGCUUGUUUUUUAUUGUUUUGUCUUACAGGUGCAGCAGACCCAUUGUUCUUCUGCCACAGGACAGCAGACGUCUUAAAUUCAUGUGAUAUUGACAGAUUAGAUCAAUAUGUGUUGUCAGUGGUGCACUGUGCAAAUGUGUGGACUGAUGUUGUUCUGUGACAAUAAAUGAUUUUACUGUGUAGAUGCCAAA